AUGACUUACCGGCGCACACAGAAAGGGGUCGCAAUCCUUUCGAUCUUGGCAAACAGUUCAAGCCAAAGAUGCAAUGCAUUCCAAGCCAUUCAAGGCUUCUUCCUUGACUCCACAAACACACCAAGGCGAGUCAUUGAAGUACUCUCACGUGGAGGGUGGAGUGUUGUCAGGGAUGCGUCCGGGGUAGAGGGGGUCCGGAUGUAUCGCCCGGCAGAAGGGCCCUCACGGGGUGCAAACCGGGUGCACGUGCUGGCGGGUCCGGGGAGGGACAGCAGUCCCUGGCCACUUAGACUGAAGUGGAGAAUGUGUUAUUGUUAUUAA